CGUAACAACGGCACCGUACACACCGCCAGCAUGCACCCUACCCCACCCCCCAGGCCGGGUACGCCGCCAGUUCUCCUUCCGGGGCGGGACGAGGCGCAACAGAAUAACGUUAUUGGCAGACCUACUGCCUAUUUGCAUAUUUGGGUGGGGUUUACCUCGUGGGCGUGGUCAAACACGUCCCGUCCUCGUUAUCUGUGAGAAAAUUGCUCCUCCUAGUCGUCACACAGGCAGCUCAGUGUGCACUACAGAUGAGCCGAGCAACGAGCCGCGGGGACGGGAUCUUCCGGCGCGAUAAUGUGAUGUCAUCGCGCCGGCCUGUCAGCACUUGGUAUAGAGUCCCCGCAGCCGCGCCGAGCCGGCAAAAAGUGUUAGGAUGGAAGACACGGAAGCACAAGACGAAAUAGAUAUCAUCAUGCCACAGCUAGUGGACUUUCUUUGCCAAGAUGUAGACUGGUUGAUUGACAAGGUACAGGCCUUGGUGCCUGUAGACAUUAAUCCUCAUAUACCAAUAACCAACGAUGACAAAGAAAAAGUCUCCACUAUUAUUCAGGUGCUGAGGAAAUAUCACACAAAUGCCUGGAAAACACUUACCGAGACCAUCUGCAUGGAGUGUGCUCUUCCCAUGGAUCUUGAGGUCCCAUUACUUAGUCUAACAGGAGAAGGAUCAAGCGAAGUGACUUGGAAAAGUCGUUUCUCAUGUGAACAAAGCAAACAAAGGAGAAUGCAAGAUUCUGCAGAACGUUACAGAAAGCAAAUAAAAGAUUCUUUACGGAUAAAGUAUGAUUUUAAAGAUGUAAGAGGCCAGUGCAACCCAAUGUUUGUGGAGCCAUUGAUCAAAGGAGCCAAAAUGGCCAAGGAGAAGAAAAGAGAUAUAGAUGACUCUGAAAAAACCUCAAUUACAGAGGAAUUAUUUCACACAGUAAAAACACACAAUCUCUUUAGGAGAAGCAGUUUAGUUAAGAGUAAGACCCAUGUAAUUCUACUGGUGGGUGUGCCUGGCACUGGCAAGACAAUGUUGACUCGUCGAAUCUGCUAUGACUGGGCACUUGGAAAGUUUAGUCAGUUUAUACUUACUUUUCUGUUCGAGUUUCGACAAUUAAACUUGAUCAACAGACAUUUUACACUCAGGGAGCUUCUAUUUGAUUUAUUUCUAAUGCCUGACCUAUAUGAAGAUGAAGUAUAUAAUUAUAUCCUCAACUACCCCAUGAAGGUUCUUCUCAUAUUUGAUGGCUUGGAUGAGUUUUUAGGAACUUUUACAACCAACUCCCCGACUACUAAAUCUGACUUUUUUGAAAAGACUUCUAUCGCUCAGUUGUUCACAAACAUCUUUCACGGCACAUUUCUACAAGGGUGUACUGUUAUAGUCACAUGCAGGUCAAAAAUAUUAAACAGCCUUCCACUAGAUUCUGUAGCCCAUGUAGCUGAAGUUCUGGGCUUUGACAAAGAAAGAGUUGAACUAUAUAUUGAUGAGUUUUUUUACUGUAAUCCUUUCAAGGAUAUAGUCUUAUCUUAUGUAAGAGACAAUAACAGAUUAAUGCACAUGUGCUUUGUUCCUGCUUUAUGUCACAUUGUAUGUGUUUGCUUGGAACACUUACAAAACACGUUGUCCAACAAAUCCCAACUUCCACAGACAAUUACACAGUUCUAUGUGAAGAUGCUACUUAUUUUCAUCCAGAAAAGAAUGACACAAAUUACGGAAGAAGCCACCAUACUAACAACAUUUCGAAAACACAUUCUUAAAUUGUCUCAUAUUGCACAACAAGGGCUUGAUAAUAACAAGUCUGUAUUUUACACUGGACACAUUUCUGAAGACCUUAAGCAAUUUGCUGAAAGUCAUGGUUUUUUAUCACAUUUUGAGGUGAAAAGAUUUGACAGCUGCAAUGAUGAUGGCUAUUCCUUUGUACACCUUAGUUCCCAGGAGUUUUUUGCUGCAUUGUAUUUGAUGGUUAAUGACCAAAUAACAGAAGACAAUCUACAAAAAAGACUGUCUUUAAAGUCAAAGUGGACCUCAAAGCAAAAUACUAAGAAUGAAAUCACGGAUAAUCUUCAUAUAUUCCUUUCUGGGCUGUCAUCCAAGGAUUGUCAGAAGUUCCUAUACAAGUUAGGGGGCCACAAGAAUCUAAUAUUAAAGAAACAAAACGCCAUCAUAGAAUCUCUCAGGAGAAUGGCAGACACCCAACUCACUGGGCCUAAGCUGAUCAAGUUGUGUCACUGCACUUAUGAAACUCAGGAUGAAAAUUUAGCUCAACAUGUUGGAAAGCUUACAGCUAUGAAAUACGAGCUAAGAAAUUUUAGGAUUUUUCCGGUUGAUAUGACUGCUUUGAUGUAUGUUGUUAAACAUGGGUCGUGUUUAGUUUCAUUGGAUUUUGCUGGAUGUCCUAUGGAGCUGGAGUGCUUAGACAUUCUUGGAACAUGUAAACACAUACAAACUCUAAGUUUUAGACACCAAAAAUAUGGUGACCUGUUUGCACAAGCUCUUUCCCCUUGGAUUGCUGGCAUGAAAAAUAUGAAGAAAAUCAGAGUUACAGCGGGGAGGCUCACAGAGGAUGGUAUCAGGGCUCUGAUGCAGUCUUAUGUUCUCUGCUCUGCACUUCAGGAAAUCAACUUGCAAAAUAACCAUCUAAAAGUUGAGGACAUGACAUUAUUAAUUGAAUUAUUCUCAAAGAUGGAGAAUUUGAAAAUCUUGGACCUAAGCCACAAUGAUGUGAAUGUGAUGGGUAUUCUUAAAUUGCUCAAGUCAGCUGUAAAUUGUCCCAGGAUUAUAGAUAUCCAAAUAAUAGACACUGCCACAGCCAUCUUCUCUUCGGAACAUUUAGAAUUUAUAAGUUCUCCAAAGGUCAAGAAAUCUAGAGAAGAAACUGCAGAUAUAAAAGUGAAAAAACUUAGGCUUGAAAACUGCAGUCUGACAUCUGAAGACAUUCCUCAACUGGCUGAAAUACUCACAGGCUGCAAAUUUUCUGACAUAAAUUUAUCUGGUAACCCUUUUGGAGAUCAUGGCUGUAAGAAGUUGAUUGAUAUCCUUCCAAAUAUACAUAUUUCUGGAAAACUGGAACUUAACAGGACAAUGUUAUCUGAAGAAGGAUCCUUACAUCUUGUUUGCUCCAUGGUUACUUGCCACAACAUAAAACUUGUAGCAGCCAGUGGUUUGCACCAUUCGGCAGAGAUCCUUUUUUUCACCAGUAUGGAUGAUUGUCAAAGACAGAUCAGGAUAACUGGUUUCAAGUAUCACCAGAAAACAAUGGAGAAAUUGGUCGCAAUGCUUCAACAAUGUAACAAGUUAUCAUUUUUGGAUUUGUCUGACAACAGGUUGGGAAAUGCUGGAAUUACUGGAAUAACCCAGAUUCUUUCUGAUCUAAAAUGGCUUUGCUCAGUCAACCUAAGUGGAAAUAGAAUCUGCUUGAAUGGAAUUAUGUCCCUAGCUGAGUCUUUGUCUACAGUGAAGAACCUAACUGAUGUCACUAUUAGAUUUGGAACUCAACAGAAAGUGCUGCUAACAUUUCAAGAUGCCAGAAGGAACGGAUCUUUCCUGCACCAAAAUGAAAACAGAUCUGUAUCUCCUCAACCUUCAAAGUUCUUCAGCCUGACAGAAUACCGCCUGACUUCCCAGAAGCUAAAGAGUCUCAUGCUGAUGCUGAUCCAGUGUUCUGAUCUUAAACAGAUAAAUUUAUCCAACAAUGGACUGAACCACCAAAUGAUCGAGAUCCUUCUGAAUCACUUUCCACAGCUUCCCCACUUGACAAAGCUCAACAUCAGUACAUGCGACCUAUCCCCAAGCUUAGUGUUCUUACUGGCUAACUCUAUCAACAUCUGCGAUCGCACUACAGAAGUUGAUGUGAGAUCUGCUGAAUGCAUCAACAUACAUUUACAAAGACAACAGAAGGCCAACAAAGUUAUUUGCAGAUUUAACAAGUGUAAACUUGGGAAGAAUGACAUCACUACCCUUAUGAUGAUACUCCAACAGAACCUUAACCUAUUUGAAGUCAGCAUGUGCUCAAACCAUCUAUCAGAGGACGGCAUUCUGCAGCUACUCUCUUCUAUUAAAAAUUUUACAGAGAUCAAUGCCAGUUUGACCCCCAGUGAAGUAAUCUAUAUUGUUUUUUCAUCUCCUGAAAACUCAUUGAGAAAAAUAAGAUUAUCUGGAUAUCACUUCCAUGCAGACUAUAUUAAGAAGCUGUGUGGUGUGUUGGAAAACUAUGACCAUGUUAACCAUUUGAUAUUAAAGAGGAACAACAUAUCUUUUGAAGCAAUGAAGGAGCUUCUUACAUUUCAGUUAAGAAAGCCUCAUUUUACCUUAAGUAUUGAUGAGCCAUGGGUGGAUGGAGACGAUUUAAUGUCACUUUUCCAUCACUUUAUGCACAUUCCUUCAAAACUUCAGUGUAUCAGUGUAUUUCAGAGUAAGAUCACUGUAAAAUUGAAUGGCGAGGACUGUCAUGAUGAAAGCAUUACUGCAGGUUUUCAGGCACUGAAAUCACUAAGGUUUGAUGAAUGCAGACUGGAAAUAGAUAAGUUGGAGUCUCUACAUACUAUGAUUAAACACAGCGCAAAUCUUACUGAACUGAGUAUAUCAAGAACCGACCUUGGUGAUAAAGGAGUUCACAUUAUUUGCAGUUGCCUGACCUCACUUCCCAGUCUGAAGAUCAUAAAAUUGGCAUACGUAAACAUGUCCCAUAAAUGCAUAAUGCAUCUUACAGAAAGCCUGAAGCACUGCAAAUCAAUCCAAGAAAUUGAUUUGUCCAAUAAUGCCAUUGGUGAAAAGGGAACAAAUUCUCUAGCACACUUACUGACACAGAAGAGGAAUCUCCAUAGCAUAAAUGUAUGUGGCUGUGGCUUAUCAACAAAUUCAGAAGAUGGAAGACAGUUUAUUGCAGAAUUAUCUAAGUGUCCUGAUCUUCAGGAGAUAAACUUACAGUAUGUGUCACUGGAUGAAGACUCUCUCCUAGUUCUGUGCCAAGCUCUUCCACAGAUGUUAUCACUGAGGACACUAAUUUUGAGCUCCAAUAACAUCAGUGAUGUUUGUAUGGAAAGACUUGUUACGAUUAUGCCAUGUUUAAAGAGCUUGCAGAAAAUAAAGCUGUCACAGUGUAACAUCAGCUCAGUGGGAGGAUUAAAACUUGCAGAAACACUAAAACAGUGCCCAUUUGUGGAAGAGAUUGAUUUAUCUGGAAAUAAUUUUGACAACAAAGUUACCUAUGAUUUAGUCGUUGCUCUGUCCCAAGUACAGCAUUUAAAGGUUCUUCAUCUGCGCUCCUGCGGUUUGGGGGUGAAAUCUGAAAGUGCACUUAUGGAAGCUUUAAACUCGUGUCAACAAAUGGAAGACAUCAGUUUGUCAGAAAACACAUUUACGGAGCAAGGCUUACAGAAACUUUCAGAACAACUUCCAUGUUUUAGAUGGCUAAAGAAACUUGACCUAAAAUUAUGCGCAGUUUCUGACAGUAGUUGCAAGUCCCUGGCAGUAGCGCUCGGAUGCUGUCAGAACUUGGAAGAGAUCAUAUUAUCUUGGAACAGAAUUGGAGACGAUGGAUCAUGUGCUCUCUCUUCCUCUUUAAAGAACAUGAGAAGACUAAAGAAGCUGGACCUGGAGAAAAACCAGAUCAGAGUAAAAGGUGCAGAAGCAAUGGCCCAAGCAUUAAGUGUCUGUCUUUGGAUAAAAGUGAUAAGCUUGUGGGGCAAUCUAGUAACAAAGGAGAUGGCAGAGAAGCUUCACAAAGAAAAUGCAAGGCUCAGCUUUUGAAUCCGCUUUAAAGACUUUCAAUGCAUCUUUUAAACCAAAUACUAAAGAAACUUUGCAAAUAGCCAUGAUUAAAAAAUGUUGCUGUCUCAUGUUAGUCCCUCCAUCUGCCCGCUUUAUUAGGUCUGUAAAUGUGUAUUAAGAAGGCUAAUGGCAGCAAGACCAGACUACACACAGGGUUUUCUUGUAGUCUGUUACCAUGAAGACACAUAUAUCUGUACAGGAGCUGUAUAAGCAAGACACUACCAUUUUUUGAUGAAGGCUAAACAUUGAUUCAUUGUUUGAUUGCAAAAAUGUACAUACUGUAUAUAGCCUUUAAGCCUGCAAUGCAAAUUAUGUGUAAAGAUCUGAAUAACCUUGUUUACUUUUAUUGAUGAUUGAAGUACAUUUCUUUUGCAUAUGUGACUUUUCUGUGGCUUUUUUGCUGUGGUAGAGAGCAACGUCUUAUGUGCGUGCACUGAUUUAAUUUUGAUAAGAACAGGGACCUUAUUGGUUUCUAUAAACCAGGCCGAGACUACUGUAGGUAGGGCUAAAGUUUAUAUAGGCUACACUUCUUGGGUCCGCACACAGGUUAUAAGUGGGCUAUUCCACAGCGAAUUGUGCUUUGUGGCUGAA